GGAACCAACGCCUGUUCUGAGUUAAAUGGCGGCUGCAGUCACCUCUGCCUCUUCACUCCUCGAGGAGUGAUCUGUGGGUGUCCCAUCGGUCUGGAGCUGGUCUCCGACAUGAAGAACUGCAUCGUCCCCGAAGCCUUCCUGCUGUUCUCCAGACACACGGACAUCCGCCGCAUCUCGCUGGAAACAAACAACAACAACGUGGCCAUCCCGCUGACCGGCGUCAAGGAGGCGUCCGCGCUCGACUUCGACGUCACCGACAACCGCAUCUACUGGACCGACAUCACGCUGAAGACGAUCAGCCGGGCCUUCAUGAACGGCUCGGCUCUGGAGCACGUGGUGGAGUUCGGGCUGGAUUACCCCGAGGGGAUGGCUGUUGAUUGGCUGGGGAAGAACCUCUACUGGGCCGACACGGGGACCAAUCGCAUCGAAGUAUCCAAACUGGACGGGCAGCACCGGCAGGUUCUGGUUUGGAAAGACCUGGACAGCCCGCGGGCGCUGGCUCUGGACCCGGCUGAGGGGUACAUGUACUGGACGGAGUGGGGGGGGAAGCCUAAGAUCGACCGCGCGGCGAUGGACGGGACGGGGCGUCUCACUCUGGUCUCGGACGUAGGGCGAGCCAACGGACUCACCAUCGAUUACGCUGAGCGGCGCCUCUACUGGACAGACCUGGACACUACACUCAUCGAGUCCUCCAACAUGCUGGGUGAGGAGCGGGAGGUGAUAGCAGACGACCUCCCUCACCCCUUCGGCCUCACCCAGUACCAGGACUACAUCUACUGGACGGACUGGAGCCAGCGCAGCAUCGAGCGCGCCAACAAGACCAGCGGGCAGAAUCGAACCGUGAUUCAGGGCCACCUGGACUACGUGAUGGACAUCCUGGUGUUCCACUCGUCACGGCAGGGGGGCUGGAACGCCUGCGCCGCCACCAAUGGGCACUGCUCUCACCUGUGCCUCGCCGUGCCAAUCAGCGGCUUCGUCUGUGGAUGCCCCGCCCACUUCCUGCUCAACGGAGACAACAAGACCUGCAGCGGUGAGAUUAGGCGAUUUCACACCAAGUACUUUUCCCAGGAAUAGUUCCUGAACUCUUUAGUUCCUGAACUUUCUAGCAGAUCGC